AUCACCUCACUGUUUCAAAUCAUAAUUUCUACAUAUCGAAUAGAAUACAGGGAAACAUACGUGACACAACGUAUAGACUGCGCGAACGUACUGGCUGUUUUUAUCUGCUUAGUCAAUACACUUGCCCUGUGUUUAGUUACCACAUAAUCUAUGAAUUGUGCCAAUCACAUGGUUUGUCUGUCGCCACUCCUAACUCGAUAUGGACCUACAGUGGAAUGAUUUUGGUGUUUCAGGCACAAUUUUGUGAACGUGUGUGGCUGGUCGGGUCGACGAAGCCAGCUACGGAUGUACCCGGGAACAGUAUACCAAUUAAAACACUGCAGGAUGAACGGCCAACAGCAGCCAGAAAAGGACGACCUUGGAGCCGACGAGAAGGACGAUGGAGCCGUCGAAUUGGAGGAAGAGGGGAGUGGUGACGAGAAUAAGGAGAGGGGGAACUGGUCACACCCCUUGGAUUUCGUGCUGUCCUGCUUGGGGCUGGCUGUGGGCCUUGGUAACUUAUGGCGAUUUCCCUUUCUAUGCUACAGGAACGGGGGCGGUGCGUUCCUGAUACCUUACUUCCUGAGUCUGGCCUUUGCCGGAAUGCCCAUGUUUUUUAUGGAGGUCAACUUUGGCCAGUACUGCAGUUUGGGUAUUAUGACCUGCUGGCGAGCCUUUCCAAUCUUAAAAGGCGUGAGUUACGGACAGUUCCUCGUAUGUUUCUAUGUGUCCAUCACUUAUGGAGUUGUCAUCUCCUACACGUUCUAUUAUUUCUUCAUCUCCUUCACGUCCUCACUACCUUGGGUUGGCUGCGGGCAACCCUGGAACACUCCAAUGUGCAGCGACAUCGUUAUGGACUGCUUCCAAGUUGAAGGGGUGAUCACUUUAGACAAUGAGUGUGUGCCGUUGAAGAAUUUGACAGAGUUUGAGUUGGAAGAGUUAAAUAUCACCGUUUCUGAUCCAGGGAACUUCAGCCUGGAAAACUACAAUGAUCCUUGGAAAGCAAUGCGCAAGUCUCCCAGCGAAGAAUAUUGGAUGGGGAUUGUCACACAAAAAUCGCCCAAAAUGAACGAAACUGGAACCAUUGUAUGGCAGCUUCUACUCUGUCUGAUGUGUGACUACGUCAUUACCUUCUUGUGCCAAAUCAAGGGUGUUAAAUCUCUAGGCAAGGUCGUCUAUUUCACUGCUACAUUCCCUUACGUAGUACUGAUUAUCCUAUUGAUUCGAGGCCUGACGUUGCCGGGGUCUGAUAAAGGAGUCUACUUCUUCAUCACCCCGCGAUGGGAGUACCUCGUUAAGCCUAAGGUUUGGUUGGAUGCAGUGGUGCAGAUCUUCUAUUCCCUGAGCGUUGCUACCGGCGGUUUACAAACACUGGCGUCCUACAACAAGUUCCACAACAACACAUACAGGGAUUUGAUGAUUGUCAGCAUUCUGAACUCGGCAACCAGUAUCUUGGCCGGGUUUGCUAUCUUCUCCAUCCUGGGAUACAUGGCCCAUGUCCAGGGUAAAGAAGUCUCUGAGGUUGUCAGGCAAGGGUUUGGCCUGGCGUUUGUCGCCUACCCAGAGGCAGUUGCCAGAAUGCCAGCUUCUCCUUUCUGGUCGAUUCUCUUCUUCUUCAUGCUCAUUACACUGGGCCUGGAUACCCAGUUUGUAGGUAUUGAAAGGUUGGCGACGAGCUUAGUGGACGAAUACCCCAGGCUCUUUCCACCUCGGCGCAAGAGCUUUGUCACUCUGGGAAUCUGUGUGGUGCUGGUUCUGAGCAGUUUGAUUUGCAUAACUGAAGCCGGGCCCUACUGGAUGUCUCUCUUGGACAAUUACGGCGCAAACUUUGCGAUGGUGCUCUUCGCAUUCCUCAUCACCGGUGGCCUGAGCUGGGGCUACGGCGUACGACGCUUCAUUAACGACAUCCGCACCAUGAUUGGGGACCGGUACGUGGACACGCUGCAUUUCAAGUGGUGGACGCUGAACUGGGUGGUCCUGACUCCGCUGUCCAUGGGGGUUAUUUUGGUGUUCAACUGGGUGAGCUGGACCGAGCCCGAGUACAACGGAUCGUACCCGCCCUGGGCCAGAGCGCUCGGCUGGAUGAUUAUGAUCACCACGCUCAUUGGUAUUCCGGGACAUGUGGUCUUUGAGCUGCUCAGAAGGAAGGGCAGUUUCAUGGAGCGCUUCCGUAACAUCACUUCUCCACUAGACUCCUGGGGCCCGGCUCUGACCCAACAUCGAGAGGAGGCGGCGGAAGUUCACCGCCACCACGGCACCACCAUGGGAGGAGUGGUGUGCCUGGCCGAAGUCAACGCCACCUCUAGGACCGUCAAGUAUGCUACCCUCGGUAAGGACGAGAUGGAAGUGACAGUUUGAGCAACAAAAAGAAAGCUCAUUAUUAAUUCAUUAUUAUCAAAUGGGACAUUAUUAGUGACUGGGUAACUGAGAAAUUGAAACAGAGUGAAGGAACGUUGAAAAACCUGUUUUUCUGAAAAUAAGGAGUCGGGAUCUCAAGAAAGUUAUUAAAACGUUCAGAAUACUUGCUUCCCACAAAUACUCCACAAUAUUGUAGUCCCUUUUGGCAAGAGAAGGUUAGAUUUAAAAAAAACAAAACAUGUUGGUGUUUGGGAAAGGUGCUUAUGCUUAUAGCUCUUUAGAUGUUUUUGAUGUUUCUAUCAAUUGAAGACAGUGUUUUAGAUUUUUUUGGCAUUGAAAGUUAUUUCAGGUAUUGUAUUCCUCUACGAAAUUUCGGUAGAUUCUAAAUAUUUUAAGGUUCUUCUCCAGUAGAGAUUUAAUAUGAAUAUCGUGACUCCUUGACCUUAAGAUUCCUAGCGACUCCUGUAAAAUCUUUAACCUGCAGAGCAACCUAAGCUGCCAUUAUUAUACAACAGUGGUGAGUACUCUCAUUCAAUUAAAAUAAUCUGGAAAAACUACCCAGAAGUUUUUCAGGUGUUGAAGACAAAACAAAUCAAAGCUUAUUACCGGUACUCAUCUUUUCGUUUCAUUUCCACCAGCACAAUCGUAGACGUUUGGACAUUCUCUUUAGAAAUGAUAAUUCCGAAAAACACUCCUAAAGCCGAUCACCAUUGUGAAACCGGUGGGCUCCGAUUGUCUAAUUCGUCGAUGUAUGGGGAAAUCAAUUAUGGUGAGGUUGAGGUUACUGACCAAAAUUUAAACAAGGUUAUGGUCUGGGUCGCCGAAACACGCCCCGGCUCUUUCGAGAAAGGGCCUUUAAAACACGUCCUUUUUGCACUUUUUGGAGACCACACUUCAAGAUAUUCAUGGUAGGAUUUUUCCAAUACCUAACUCAUUUAUUGAAUAAAAAUCGAGAUACA